AAUCGUUUUCGUGGGUAAUGUUCGAUUAUCAUGAGCGACAUGUCUCAAUCAGGUUAGAAAAUGAUUGUAACAUCCGAGUCGCGUGUAAGCCAAAUUUCAAACGAAUGUAAAAAAGUAAAGUAUACGCGCGAUUUCGCGUCCUAUGAUCAAUAACAAUCACCAGGACAAAUAUCAAAAUCCAAAUGCCUCUAAGUUCGAGGAACUGUCCUCACAUCGCCAAUCGUUGUGAUCUCGCAUUUAUCGAGACUGUUGUGUCUCAAAAGGAAAGGUUUACAAAAUGUAGUGAAUGUGAUGCAGGCGGGCCUAAUUUAUGGCUAUGCCUGUUUCCUGAUUGCCUUUGGGUCGGGUGUGCUGAAACACAUUUGGACCACAGCACUGUACACAACCAAAAAAUUCCUUCUCAUUGUGCUCAUAUGAAUCUUUCUACAAAUCGUAUAUGGUGUUAUGCUUGUAAAAGGGAAGUAAUAACAAGGCAUGUACCAUCACCACCACGAUCACCUACACAAAUAGAUAUUAAAACACAAAGUAACAAGUUUGCUGGUGAUGCACCUGUUAAUAUAGAUUGUAAAACGGAUGAUCUUAAUAGACUUAUUUUGGAUAAGUUUUAUGGUGAACUUAUAAAUAGAGUUAAUUAUGAGAAAGAUGGGCUGUUUAAUGAAAAAUCUGGAGAUUCACCGGAUAGUACGGAUUCAGAUGAAAGCAAAGAUUUUAAUGGGAAACCAAGAGGUCUUGUUGGCCUUCAAAACAUUGGCAAUACAUGUUACAUGAAUGCUGCGCUUCAAGCUUUAUCAAAUGUACCUCCAUUGACUCAAUUCUUUUUGGAUUGUGGUCAUAUGGUUAGCUAUAUGUCCAAAGAUAGAAAACCUGGUCUAAGCCUAAGCUAUUUAAACCUUAUUCGAGAUAUGUGGAACAGGAAAACAAGGGGAUACGUUGUACCCCAUGGAAUAUUGUCUGGUAUAAGAACAGUUCAUCCAAUGUUUAGAGGAUACCAUCAACACGAUACUCAAGAAUUUCUAAGAUGUUUUAUGGAUCAGUUACACGAAGAAUUGAAAGAACAUAUCGAAGAUGAUCGUGAUAAUGCUUUAAGAUUAAAAGGGCUAGGAGAGCAGUCGUCAGACGACGAUGAAACUGAAAUUGAUGGAAACGGUUCUAGCCAAUCUGACGCCGAAUAUGAAACUUGUGAUUCUGGAGUAAGCGAACAAAGUUCUCUUAGUGACGAAGGUGAACGUGGUACAAAACGUAGAUAUUCUCGCGUAUCUCAGUCGGAAAAGCUGAGAAGUAAAUUUACGAAUAGAAGUAUAAAAAAGUCAACCGUAGAUCAACCGUUUUCUCAACCGCAGAGAUCUACGCAAAAUUCACCUGUUAAGUAUAGAACGAAGAAACAAAUGAAAACACGAAGUAUCAUUAGCGAUAUAUUCGAUGGUAAACUGUUAAGUAGCGUACAAUGUCUAACGUGCGAUAGGAUUUCAACGAGAGUAGAAACUUUUCAAGACUUAUCAUUACCCAUUCCAAGUAGAGAUCAUAUUGAUAUGUUACAUCAAGGAUCUCUAACUCCUCAGAAGGCUGGACCAUGUUCAGAUGUUGUAUAUGUAACAAAUCAAUCUGGCUGGUUGUCUUGGUUCUUGCAAUGGAUGCGCUCUUGGUUUUGGGGGCCGGUUGUUAGCCUUCACGACUGUCUUUCUGCAUUUUUUAGCGCAGACGAACUUAAAGGAGAUAAUAUGUAUAGUUGUGAAAAGUGUAACAAGCUGCGUAACGGAAUUAAAUUUUCCAAAGUUUUAGAAUUACCAGAAAUACUAUGCGUUCAUUUAAAGAGGUUUCGUCACGAACUAAUGUUUAGUUCGAAAAUAGCGAAUUACGUUUCAUUUCCAUUAGAAGGUUUAGAUAUGCGACCAUAUUUGCACAAAGAAUGUGUAUCGAAAGUAACAAUGUACGACUUGAUAUCGGUUAUUUGUCAUCAUGGAACAGCUGGUGGUGGGCAUUAUACUUGUUAUGCAUUAAAUCCUAUUGUUAAUAAGUGGUUUGAGUUCGAUGAUCAGUGUGUCACUGAAGUUUCACCAGAAACAGUAAAACAUUGUGAAGCGUAUGUGUUAUUUUAUAAGAAGUGGUCACCAGAAAUGUUGCAGUUACGUGAUAAAACUAUGGAGUUGAUGGAGAUUUCAUCUAGAGAAUUAUCCGAUUUAAAUUUCUUUGUAUCGCGGCAGUGGAUAAAUCGUUUUAACACAUUUUCAGAACCAGGACCUAUAGAUAAUUCAGACUUUCUUUGUCCACAUGGUGGUGUUAAUCCUGUUAGAGCACAGUUUGUAGAUAAGCUUAGUAUGCCUAUUCCACAAGCAGUUUGGGAAUAUUUGUAUAAUACAUUCGGUGGUGGUCCAGCGUGUACACAUUUGUAUGAAUGUCCAAUCUGUGAAGAAAAGUAUGAAUCAUUACAAAAAAGGAGACAAUACGAAAUGGAAGUAUUUCAACGAUUAAAUCACAAUACAGAUAAUCCUACUGCUAUUUAUGGCUUGGCUAUGGCUUGGUUAAGACAAUGGCAAAGUUUUGUGCGCGGUAAAGAGACACAGCCACCCGGACCAAUCGAUAAUAAUUCUAUUAUAAUAAAUAAAAACGGGCAAAACAUUCUUAAAGUUGGCUCAGAUUAUGGACAAAUACCAGAGGAACUCUGGCAAUUUUUCGUAACAACAUACGGUGGAGGACCAGAAUUAAUGUUGCAUUCAUGUCAAAGACCUGUUUCCGUUCAGUCUAACGUACCAUUACAUUCCACUGUAAAUUCGAAUCUAGAUCAGAAUUAUAAGUCCAAUCGCACAGAAAGUAAGUCUAAUAAACUAUGUAUGACUAGGAGUUCUGAAACGGUUUUACAACAAGAUAGUGCUAUUGAAAGUUUAACUUCUGAUAGUGAUUCUCAUCAAACACAAAGGGAUGUCACCGAGUAAAUUAAUUACUUCAACAUCUUAUGGUUAUAUAUAUAAUAUAUAUAUAAAUUAACACUUUCACAUGGACACUAAAGUUAUGGAUGGUAUCCUAACACAAAGGAAUCAAUUUCUAAUUGUUAUGUCCUAGCCGUGUUACAGAUUAUUGUUAGAUUUGUAAAACAAAGAUAUCUUCUUCGAUAUAACUAUUUACACUGUACAAUAAGUAAAUGAUAUAAAAAUUUUCGAGCAUCUCGAGAUAUUCGCUAA